AUUACAAAGAAGCGCGGGGUUCAAAAUCCGUCAGAAUUGGUCAAAUGUGUCUGGACUCAAGUAAUGUAUAUUCGAAGACGGAAUUAUGAACAUGGAAGAAUAAAAAGAAACAAUCGCAGAAACAAAUCGAACGAAUCGCUUCAUUUUAUGUAAGUUUUCAAAGUCUCAAAGCUGGUAGACUCGGAUGCAAAUAUUAGUUCCAAAUAAUUAAGUACUGGUUAGAAGAGCCCAGAAACUUGCAUGAUCUGUUCUAGAAACUAAAGGGAUUCAAGUUCGACUAGUUCGAGAGAUCUGGAAGAAAACAUGUAAUCCGUUUUUCUAUUCUGUAGCACUAGCUUCAGAGUACUCCUCUGAAGUUGUGUCAGAUCUGAACUUGUUCAAGUUGUAGAUGAUUUUAAAGAGUACCGAUAAUUUAGUGAAUCCUUAAAGCGUCGCUAAAUUCACUACAAAUAUCUGGGCUUCGAACCGUUUGCUAGUCCUUUUUCUAAUUCAAGGGGGGAGGCGAUGUACGUAAGACAUCAGAUAAAAAACUCCUAUGAUUAAGCCGAUCGAAGUGAAUCCUGGAGUUUUGAUGUUAUUAAUGGCUGGGAAGAGCCUCUGUCAAAGUGGAUAUAUGGUCAGGUUUCAUUAACUAAAAUACUUGUAUUGCUUAUUGUAGAAGCUUGUAGCUGAAAUUCAUUCACUGUCGUAUACUUUGCCGUGAGUGAGGUACGUUAUUACCCUUUCGAGCUAAAAGCUAAUCAACGGUUAUGUUCGUCUGGCAAUCGUUUACCAGUUCUCAGUGUGUUUAUAGCUUCAGCUGUGUGUUACCUAUAUGGAUUAAGCAAUUUUUACGUCUUGCGGCGUGGACUACUCAAUGAGGUCUCUCAUUUCAUGGACUUUCAAUCAAAGCUCAGCAUUCAGACACGUUCAUCAAAGCUCAUUAUGUACUAGAGAAGAAUGCUUUUUUUGAGUAUAGCCAUUACUCAUGUGCAUACCAAUCGCGAGUAACUGUUGUAUGAAUAACUGCUGCUUUAAAAUUGUGAAAAACAGAUUAUUUAGUUUCUGUCUAGAAAUUCCAGUACAUUCUCCUGUAAGAUUUCUAAAUAUACCUCUGAAGAUAAAUAUCGUAUUCCCGCUUCGAAUAAUUAUAAACUCACCAUGCUGUUUGCGUAUUUCUGGCGUAUUUCUAGCACUUGUCUUUGUUGCCGUUCUUGGUUGGGUUGGAUAGCUAACCAUUAUCUUCAUCCUUUAUCAAAGUCGGUCAUAAAGUAUACUUGUUUAACAAGUUAUAAUGAAUGUCAUGUUAAGUACGAAAUGGAAACUAUAAUAUCCGAAACAAGUUUACUCGAUAAUUAAUACAAAGUUGAUAUGUCAUGAUUCAAAUGUGUGGUGUUUCUGUCUUUCGUUCAUUGAUUAUCGUUAAACAGGUUCCGUGAAUGGUCUUACUAGGUACUAAGACAGUUCCAUGCAUUAUGCAUAUGGUGUCAUGAUGGAAAUCACUUCUGGUAUAUCGCAUUUAAGAUCAGUGCUGUUUGUAAACUGUUUGCUUCAAGAAUACCAACUCCUAAACCGCAGUUCUAAGAACAACUAUGUUGCUUUUGAUAUCGUGAAUUCAGACGUUAAUGAAUAUUUUCCAUUUGAAUAUACAAAACAUUUAAUUUAGUGAAAAUGCGUACCUAAUUAGCAGAAGUCUUCGAGUUUGGGUUUUGUUACUCUUAUAGUUUUAAGGAAACCGCUUACUAUUUUUCUGCUCAUAAAUAGAGCGUAUUGUAUUACUGUUGGGCUGAAUAUUUUUUUGUUUCUUUAAAUCAGAAUCCAUAACUUAAAUCGUAGUGCUGUGUAGUAAGAGUACUGUAAUAGUAAACGUGAUUCCCGAAAUUUUAGAUUUGGAACCUAUUUUAAACUUCUGUUGGCUUGGGCAAGCAUAAUAAUGCUGGACUUUUUUACGGAUCUUCGUUUUGAAUUUAUUUGGUCUUGUUGGCUAAUGGUACGAACAGUUAAUGAUUCAUUCAGAUAUCAGGGUCUGGCAUUUGCUCUGUUCUUUACAUUCACUGCAAUCAUGGCUGAUUUGCUUUGUUACUUCCUUGUACCUACUACAUUGAUCUACCUGCUUGGUAGUUCAUGUGUAUGGAUACAUCUGUUAUGGCAAACAGAUCGUGGUGUGUAUAUCCCAACAGUCGCAUUAUGUUUUUUAUUCUUCUAUGUCGAGGUAGCUGUAAGAUUCCGUGAUCCAAAAAGCCAGCCGCUGGGUAUAGAUCUCUGCAGACCUUUUGCAGCUCAUUGCAUUGGCUAUCCCGUUGUAACUUUGGGUUUCAGUUUAAAGAGUAUGAUCUCACAUCAUUUUCGUUUGAGAAGACAAAAGUUUGUGGAAGCACAAAAUAUAACGUUUUUUUCAAUUCUGGAAGAGGCAUUACCAAAGGAACUUUGGUGCUAUUUGAAAUCAGACACCAUUCCUAAAUCUAAACAUUCGAAUAUGGUUUGUGAAAAUAACUGUUCAACACUGGCUAUUUCUUCUCCCAUAUCCACUGUGCCAAAUUUAACUUCAUCUGGAAAUAUAUCUGAAUUAAAUAGGGUUAACCCGAUUCAUUCCAGAGAUAAAGAAAUUCAUCCUGCCUCAAGUGUUAAUAAGAAGAAUAUGUCUCUGAAUCAUCCCCGUACAACACGACUCGUCUAUUCAUCUACUCGUGGUGAUAAUUGUACGGAUCUUUCUUUAUGUUCAAAUGAUAGUAGUGUCUCACAAGAAUGUACAUUUCGGUUAGGAAAUGAUGAACCAGUGAAUAACCAUACUUCUGUACCAUCAUCACUUUCAGAGCAGCCUGAAUCGUAUGUGGCCGUCUCUCUCGCUCAAACGAUCAUUGUAAAGGUUCCAUCUGUUCCUAACUCUGUUGUUCCGGAUACUGUUUCUGCUGACAAUCAUAUAGAGAGGGACACUGAUAUGAAGGAGGAUAAAUUAGUUCACAAGAAAUCCACGUCACUACUUGCUUCAGUUACAUCUGGUUUAUCAACUUCAACUUGUUCUAAUUCAAUUAGUAAUAAUAGUAGAGCCAAAUCAAACUGUACACCAUCAAAUUCAAAAUCUUGUGAAACAAAACAAUCACCUCCAUCAAUCAAUAUUGCUUCAAAUAAAACAACUCUUUCUAAUAAUUCGAAUGUAAGUUCAGCUUCUUCUGGGGCUGCUGCUAGUAGUAGAUCCAAUACAUGCGGUUCAACCUCAUUAUCAACUGGUUGUAAAUCAGGCGGUAAAAAUGCUAACAAGGAUGAGUAUACUUUAAAACUAGAAGCUGAGGCUAGAAAUUUAAAAUCGGAAAUCCAGUCUUUACGUAGUUCAGAAAUUCAGUUACGUGGUCAAGUUCAGCAGUUACUUGCUGCUGAACGAACAUAUCGCUCUGAAAGUUCUCAAGCUCAGCAAGAAUCUGAAAGUUUGCAAGCCAAGCUCAAUCAAUUGACUCAACGCCUUCAGGCGGAUCGUGCCAGUCUACAGGCAGCUGAGAAACGUCUCACUGAAGAGCGUAAAUAUCGUUUGCUUCUCGAACAGCAGUUCAAACAGCAAUCUGGUAAACAAAUAGAAGCAAGCUCCUCAGAAUCAACAUCUAACGAACCAGUUAUUUCUAAAACCACAGAUUCCAAAGCUUCAAUGACUGAAUCUCGAAGUACUUCAUUAAGUUCCUGUGAUCCCAUAUGCGUUGAAGCAUGUAAAAACAAUGAAUUAUGCGCAAAACGAAGGCAGGAACUAGAAUUAGAAUUGCAAAAUCUUACAAAAGCUUUAACUAUUAAAAAUAACCAACUUACAGCACUGAACUCUGAACGUUUUUCACAUGGUGGACUAGGUGAAUCCAAUGAUAAGACAUGGAAGAAGCAAAAUAAAAAUGAACAAACAAAACAAUCUAAUUCUGUGGAACAAAACUACAAUAUGAGCAAACGGCGGCAAAAGCAUGAAAUAACUGAGACUGAAUUAAGUGAUCUUGCCUCUCGUGUAAACUCUUUGCAAGAAGAAAAUCAACGUCUGACAGACACCUUAAAAGAGGAAGACAAAAUGAAACAGGAGCUUAUGACGGCUUACCAUUCUUCCCUCAAAGAGAUAACAGAAUUAAAUGCUACACUUACAAAGAAGGAGUACCAAAUCGUCGAACUUAACAAGCGCUUAAAUUGCCUUACUCCAAAUCUCUGUGAGUAUGUAAGCAGAAUGAAUGCUUCAACAUCGAAUUCUGCUAAAGUUUCAAACAUCUCAAUCCCUUUGGAUGGCAUUCCUAACGAAGAAUGUGUAAUUAACUCAUAUUCUGUCACAGAUACUUCACAGAUGUACACAAACUUUAACAAAACACAAAUGGAUGAGCACAACCAUAUAGACAGAAUUGUUUCUAAAACUGGGUCGACAAACAGAAUGAAUUCUUAUAAUCAGUCCUACUCCUUGACUCCAUAUGAAACAUCUGCGCCAUCGAAUAAUCUAUCAAAUCAAAAGUCAAGCAUUUAUUUUGUUGAUCCUUGUGCCAAAUCAAAGCCUUUCUUCACAUCCCCCUUUCCUGUUACUGAUAGAAAAUUUCAUGGAAUUUCUGAAAUAAAUAAUUCCACUAAUCUUAAUAAUUUGGACUAUUUCGGUCAUCUUACUUCGUCGGAAGAGGUUAUUCCGUCGUCGUCGUCACUAACCAAUACUGGACUAGGUUAUCAAACAAGUCUAAAUGACCAUUGUCACAUAAAUAAUAGAAUGCAUUUUCGUCCGGAUAAACUACCUAAUUCAAACGCCUUUCAUCUCAGUCAUUUCGAAACCCUUGGUAUGAAAUGUAUGAAUGGAGGAUACACGUCAUAUGAUAAUGCUGUUUUAAAUAGAGUUUUACCAACCAGAUCUAUGCCGUUGUGUAGUACCAGACCAAUGACUGUCGGGAAUUCAGCCCAAGCUUCGUCACCCCCGCCUUUGUUUGUUCCACCUCCCGGCCUCUUACAGGGUGAUGUUGCUUCUAGUGUUUUGCAUUAUUCACACUCUAUUAAUGGAACAUUAUCAUUGCCAUCUUUAGAAGUGGUUGCAAAUUCGUCAGUUUGUGUCACUGAGUCCAUGUCAACAACCCCAACUGCAGUUAGUUCAUAUAGUCCUCGGAUUGUAGCCGACUCAUAUUCCACAGAUCCAGUGCAUACAGUUGGUCACCAGGAAGAACUAUCAUCUCAAUCGUACAGUAGUUUGAAUUUUAAUAGUUCAGUAUGUGACAGCUUUACUAAUCUCAACCCACAUUCAAUAUUCAUGACAUCUAAUGAACCUAGUUGUUUUCAAUUCGGGAUGAGAAAUUCCACUGAUGAUAAGCCCAACUCUUUUGAUUUCACUACAUUUGGUCCCGUUGGGUCAUCAUCACCAGCCGGUACUUUCAUCCACUCAAAUUUAAAUAGUUCUAACUGCAAUAGUUCUAUCUUGUCAAAUUUAACUUCAACAGGUUUACAGAGUAGACAAGUGUGUUUAGAUUCACAAAAUACUGAUACCUUAAGGUUUCCUAUGAUGUCUCCAUCAGUUUCGCAUUCAGAUGCCAUCUCAAAUUCAUCUACGAUGUAGUAGCGAUCAGACAUUAUAAGAACUGAAUUUUUUUGUCUUAUCGUAUGUUUACAUCAAAAAACCUUAUUUUGCUGUAUUUCCGUUAUUAAUUUUUAUCCGGACAGCAGUGUGGAAAGAAAACUAAGUUUUAUUAACUGUUUAAGAGCUUUUCGAAACUCGUGAUUCGUCUUACGGGGACCCAACUUUGCAUUUUGAUAACCUUCAGAGAGUUUGACCUUUUUUCUGGAGUUUAUGUACCCAAAUUUUAUUGUUACUUUACUAUUACAACUCUUGAUAUAUUUUUUGCUUUAUUAUAUCCUAAUCGGUUAACAUAACAGCAGAAUCUGCUUUAAAUGGUUUGUCUCUCUUCUAAGAUUUGUCUUCUAGACCCUUCUAAUCCCUUUCUUUAAUAUCUUCAUAUGACUUAUGCUAUUUCUUUUGUUUUCCGAACUAAGUAUUAUGGUCUAGUCGUUGCGUUUUCUUGUUAUUCUUUUUUAUGGUUUUGUUCCUACCUUCCCCUUUUUAAAUGUGUUGCUUAACGCUUUGUAGUCGAUACUAAAAUUGUGGUCUUUGUUUUGUAUUUACGACUUAUGCACACUUUUCCAACUCAUCUUUUUUGUUCAUACGUUUAAGAGUAUCUCAAUGGUUGGCUAGUUAUCUUCUUUUCCUGUUUCUUAUUUUUCAUGUCCAGUUUACAUUCUACUGUGCAGCAUGAACUUUGUUUCUUUAACCAUGAUAAAAAUUAUUGAAAAAUAACAAAAUUUAUGUGAGACG